GAGUGAAGUGAAAUCAACGGACCGUAAAAAAAAGAGCUGCCCAAGUUUGGUGAGGAAUUGAGACCACUCAAAGAACGGAGGCGGAAGAGGCGGAGCAGCAGCAAGUCAGAAGCUAUAGAUCCCUGAUGCUCUCUUUCUUUUCCAUGCACGAGAGAGGAGCUUCGCAAGAUUCCGUUUUCUUGUUUCCUUUUCACUUCUUCCGAUUCCUCUUCUCUUCUCUGGGAAGCAAUAGAUUUUUUUUUUUUUUUCUGUCCGCUAAUUGGAGUUGAAACCCUGUGAGAAGUAGAGAAGAAGGCGCCCGUCAAUUGAAAGGAAGAGAAAAAAAGGGCAGAGGAGCAGCAGCGACAAGAACUAUAGGAGGAGAAGAAGAAAGCAAAGAUGGCAGCUGGUCCUUCUCCAAAGAUUUCGUUCGGAAUCAUUGAAGAAGAGAACUGUGGGGGUUCUUCAUACGGCCAAGUUAAGCAACAGGCAUCGAGCACAACCGCUACAACAAAUACACCUCAAAAAAAGAAGAGGAGUCUCCCUGGAACACCAAAUCCAGAUGCAGAAGUGAUUGCACUCUCACCCAAGACCCUAAUGGCCACAAACAGAUUCAUAUGUGAAGUGUGCAACAAAGGGUUUCAGAGGGAACAAAACCUGCAACUCCACAGGAGAGGCCAUAAUCUUCCAUGGAAGCUGAAACAGAAAUCAACGAAGGAGGUAAAGAAGAAAGUCUAUGUCUGUCCAGAGACGACAUGCGUCCACCAUGACCCGUCGAGAGCUCUAGGCGACCUCACAGGCAUCAAGAAGCACUUCUGUAGGAAGCACGGCGAGAAGAAAUGGAAGUGUGAGAAGUGCUCAAAAAAAUACGCAGUUCAGUCCGAUUGGAAAGCCCAUUCUAAGACAUGCGGUACAAGAGAAUACAGAUGUGAUUGUGGAACCCUUUUCUCAAGGCGAGACAGCUUCAUUACACACAGAGCAUUCUGCGAUGCAUUGGCUCAAGAGAGUGCAAGGCUUCCGAGUGGCCUGCAGCUGUACAGCCAUCAGUCAUCUGAUAUGCUUAGGCUUCAGGGAGGUGGACCGCAGCUUGAUAUGAUUCCUUCAUCAACUUCUGCGCUUAGAUCCUUGCCACCCUUCUUCCCCUCGGCUCUUAACCAGAAUUUCCAUGAAGUAUCCCAGACCCUCAGUGAAUAUACCGGCUUGACUCAGAUUCCCAGCCUUUCUGGAAACGGUAGCACCACCAACAAUCCCGCUGGCGGUCUUUUCAACUUGGGAUUUCUCUCAAACGGCAGUCUAGCCAACAGUAGAAAUGACGGGACUAACAGUGCCCAUCUCGCACCUUCAGGCCUAUCAUCGAUUCCAGACCACUUCAGUGGCAACAUUUCGAAUGAUCACAUGAGCGAAACCGUGUCUUCCCUCUACACCUCUCAUAUCCAGAACGGUGGUACAGUUCUCCCUCAGAUGUCUGCCACUGCCUUGCUUCACAAAGCUGCACAGAUUGGUGCAGGUGCAACAGGCAACAGUGAGAGCCUGCUAGGAGGGUUUGGUAGCUCGGCUACGAACACCGUCGGCCUUAAUUGGCAGGACCAGAGAUCUUCUUCUUCUUCGUCAUCUUUCCCAGCCAGCAAUUCCUCCAGCUUCCACAUGACCAACCUGGACCAGAUGAGGCCCAACUUCAGCAACUGCCAAGAGAGCCAUCUCCAAGACAUCAUGAAUUCUCUAGAGAACAGCAACAUGCGAGCUGCUUUCGGUGGCAAUCUCAGAAUCAGAGGUCGAGAUAAUGGUGGUGAUGGCGGUGGUCACUUUAUCAGUGCAAACAAUUGCAUGAAUUUGGAAAAUCAAAGGGUGCUGGAAUCUCUUAAGGACAAACUCCACCACAACUCUGCUUCUGCCCUCAGCCUGGGAGGGAGCGACGGGCUAACCAGAGAUUUCUUGGGGGUUGGAGGCAUGAAUAGAGGGUUCAUAGAGGGAGCUUUUGGUCGGAGAGAUCAACAUCACGAACGGAACGUGAACUUUGCGUCCAUGGAUUUGGAAAUGAAAUCGUACAAUGAGGGUUACCUGCACUAAGGAUCAAAAUGAGCCUAACUAUUAAGAGCCCAACGGGAAGAAAUCAGAGAGAGUCCUCAUUGAGGUAUGUCGAUUAGUGGAACUGUGUAUCGUCUCUUGGAGCUGAAUUAGUUUAUGAUUUUGGUAGUCAGGUAUUAGGGCCAGACCAGUAAGGUGCUUUCCUCCAAGGGUCUGGUAACCUCAUCUUGCUUGUUUGUUUAGGUUCCGGAGUUUGUGUUUGAUCAGUGAUCAUUAGACUAAGAAAGAAUAAGCCGCAUUUUGCAUGGUACAA